AUUAUAUUAUUUUAAUAUUCUGAAUUUAAGCGCUAUAUAACACAUUCUUGAAACCAUUCACAAAUCACACUUUCAGCAAUUCAACCAUCUCAUCUUUUGACUUUUAGCUUCAAAGAGUUGUAAAAAUGGUGAAGUUGACAAUCGGUAGCAUUGGUGACUCUUUUAGCGCAGGUUCAGUCAAGUCUUACUUGGCUGAGUUCAUUGCCACCCUUCUUUUCGUGUUUGCGGGUGUCGGGUCAGCUAUUGCUUAUGGUAAGCUCACAGCAGAUGCAGCACUAGACCCCGCAGGAUUAGUUGCAGUGGCAAUAGCCCAUGCAUUUGCACUCUUUGUUGGGGUUUCAAUAGCAGCCAACAUCUCCGGAGGCCAUUUGAAUCCAGCUGUCACCUUCGGAUUGGCUAUUGGUGGUAACAUCACCAUCAUAACCGGUUUAUUUUAUUGGAUUGCCCAACUUCUUGGAUCCAUCGUCGCAUGUUUCCUCCUACAAUUUGUCACCGGUGGCCUGGCCGUUCCAACCCACGGAGUUGCUAGUGGGAUGAGCAGUAUUCAAGGAGUUGUGUUUGAGAUCAUCAUAACUUUUGCUCUUGUCUACACAGUCUAUGCAACCGCUGCUGACCCUAAAAAAGGAUCACUCGGAACCAUUGCACCCAUCGCAAUCGGUUUCAUUGUUGGAGCCAACAUUUUGGCUGCUGGAGCUUUCAGCGGUGGCUCAAUGAACCCAGCUCGAUCAUUCGGCCCUGCGGUCGUUAGUGGUGACUUUUCACAAAACUGGAUUUACUGGGUCGGCCCACUUAUCGGUGGUGGGUUGGCUGGAUUAAUCUAUGGUCGAGGAUGUACAUCCUUAUUGUGA